AGCUACCUGACCGCAGUUGCCGAAGACGACGACGACGCUGCUGACGCUCAGGCGGGCCGCCGGGUAGAGGAGGCGCGGCUCUCCCCCUAAAUCCUUUCCGUUUCGGCUUUCCUCUUCUCACAUCGGCGUACCGAGAAAUGUCCACCCGUGGCUUUACCAACCCGAGUUCUCCCGUCGGUAUCGGAGCAAACCCCGCCGUUAACGGAGGUGUCAGCCUGCACUACCAGAACGGUCCUGCCGCGGCCUACCAGCCUUUGCCACUUGCUAACUAUGGAGGGCCCCACAUGGUGUACCAGGCGACCCACAAGAACCCUGUGGUUGGCGGGCACUAUGGAAGUGGCUACUACCUGGACGGCAUGGGUACAGCCGGCCUGCCUCUGUCUGCUUCAGGGACUUUUCAAGGGCACCCAGUGGUCUAUGGCACUCGUCACGGGCAGCCCAGCACAUCUGUGCCUCCAGCUGCUCCCGGGUACCCCGCUGCUCCGGUGCCACAUGUGGCCUCAUCUCAGGGAUACCAUCCAACGGCAGCCUGUCUGUCCUCUCAGAUGGCUGUCGGUCUGCAGCAGGCCCCCCUGGUGUGUGGUGCCACCACGGCUGCCUCCUGCACAUGGACUCGCUCAGCCCCCUCAGCUCCUCAUAUCUCUGCUGCUAACUCUGGAGACCAAAGACCUCAGCCCUCUGGCACGCGGGCACCUGCUGCCACAUCUCCAACUCCACAUGUGACGCCUGAAGGCCUGCACUAUGGAUACGUCGCUAAUAGUCAAACUCCCUUGUCAUCGGCCUCUGAUGAUGAGGAAGAGGCGACGGAGGAGGAGGCAGAGGAGGAUGAGGAAGCAGGCGCUGGGACGUCGUCGAGCAGCAGCAGCGCCAGCAGCUCCAGCUCCUCUCCUGUGCCGACUAGUUAUGGAGCCUUGGAAGGAGGAAGCUGUCCAGAUCCCGUGCCCUCCCAAGCCUCCAAAUCUGCUAAGCCCUUUGGCUACGGCUACCCCGCCCUCCAACCAGCUUACCAGCAGUCGCCACCCCCGACCUCCCCGACGCCCCCUGUGGGUGGCCCUCCUGGCUAUCAGCCAUACUCGCAGCCAUAUCCGAGUGUGAGCCACUUGUCAGCAGCUUUGGGGGGGCUCAGCCUGCCACACGAACAGCUGGAGGGUCUGAGGCCCGUCAACCUUCUGCAGGACCGGAAUAUCCUGCCUGGUGGCCCAGUUCAAGCGCCCGUACCCAACCUCAGCAGUGACCUGAAGAGGAUAAACUGCAGUCCCGACUCCUUCAGGUGCACGCUGAGUAACAUUCCUCAGACCCAAGCCUUGCUGAACAAAGCGAAGCUGCCACUUGGCCUGCUGCUGCACCCCUUCAGAGACCUCACGCAACUGCCCGUCAUCACGUCCAACACCAUCGUCCGCUGCCGCACUUGCCGGACUUACAUCAACCCGUUUGUGUCCUUCUUGGACCAGCGUAGGUGGAAAUGCAAUUUGUGUUACCGAGUCAACGACGUCCCUGAAGAGUUCAUGUACAACCCCGUGACGAGGUCCUAUGGGGAGCCACACAAGCGACCCGAGGUUCAGAAUGCGACGGUGGAGUUCAUCGCCUCUUCGGACUACAUGCUUCGUCCUCCUCAGCCUGCCGUUUACCUCUUUGUCUUGGAUGUUUCCCACAAUGCAGUAGAGUCUGGCUACCUGGGUGUGCUGUGCCAGUCGCUGCUUGAGAACUUGGACAAGCUUCCUGGGGAUGCGAGGACAAGGAUUGGAUUUGUAACCUUUGACAGCACUAUUCACUUUUAUAACUUGCAGGAGGGCCUGGCGCAGCCUCAGAUGCUGGUCGUGUCGGACCUCGACGAGGUCUUCUUGCCAACUCCCGAUGGUUUGCUGGUUAACCUCAAAGACAGCAAGGAGCUUGUGAAGGAUCUUCUAAGCGCUCUCCCAAAGAUGUUCGUUCACACGAGAGAGACGCACAGUGCUCUGGGACCUGCCCUCCAGGCUGCUUUCAAGCUGAUGUCUGCCACUGGCGGCCGAAUCUCCGUGUUCCAGACUCAGCUGCCAUCUCUGGGUGCUGGCCUUCUUCAGUCGAGGGAAGAUCCCAACCAAAGAUCGAGCACCAAGGAUGUUGAGCAUCUGGGACCAGCCACAGAUUUCUACAAGAAGCUGGCUCUGGAUUGUUCUGGUCAGCAGAUCGCCGUCGACCUGUUCCUGUUGAGCUCCCAGUACUCGGACUUGGCCUCCAUAGCGUGUGUGUCCAGAUACUCCGCCGGCUGCAUCUUCUACUACCCGUCGUUCCAUCACAUCCACAAUGUUGUGCAGAAGGAGAAAUUUGAAAGAGACCUGUGCCGCUACUUCACUCGCAAGAUCGGCUUUGAAGCGGUCAUGAGGAUCAGGUGCACCAAAGGCCUUUCCAUCCACACUUUCCAUGGCAAUUUCUUUGUAAGGUCCACCGAUUUACUGUCUCUUGCCAAUGUGAAUCCCGACUCUGGCUUUGCCGUCCAGAUGUCCAUCGACGAAAGUCUCGCCGACACGUCACUUGUUUGCUUUCAAGCUGCUCUUCUUUACACGUCCAGCAAAGGUAAACGAAGGAUUCGUGUCCACACUCUGUGUCUGCCCGUUGUCAGCUCCUUAAACGAGGUGUUUGCUGGAGCCGACGUCCAGGCCGUCACGUGUCUGCUGGCUAACAUGGCCAUUGACCGAGCAGUCUCUUCCAGUCUGUCGGACGCCCGCGAUGCGCUGGUCAAUGCUGUGGUGGACUCGCUGGCCGCGUUUCGCUCCAGCACUUCAGGCCUGCAGCAGUCUGGCCUUGUGGCCCCCUAUGCUCUUCGGCUCUUUCCUCUUUUCGUCCUCGCUCUUCUUAAACAGAAGGCUCUGAGGACGGGGACCAGCACUCGCCUGGACGAGCGGGUGUUCGCCAUGUGCCAGUUCAAGAGCGAGCCCCUCGCACAGCUCAUGCGCGUCGUUCAUCCCAACUUGUACCGAGUUGACCGUCUGACGGACGAGGGAGCCCUGCACAUCAAGGACUGCGUGGUGCCCCAGCCUCCGAUUCUGCAGCUUUCAGCCGAGAAGCUCGCCAGGGACGGCGCCUUCCUCAUGGACUGCGGCUCAGUUUUAUAUCUGUGGCUGGCCAAAUGUUGUGACGCUGCGUUUCUACGUGACGUGCUGGGCUUUCCAGACUUUAACUCCGUCCCGGCAGACAUGGUGCGGCUUCCUGAGCGCGACACGGUGUCCUCGGAAAGAACGCGAGGGUUUGUCACCUGGCUUCAGGAGAGCCGACCGUUCACUCCGGUCCUUCAUGUCAUCAAGGAUGAUGCUUCUUCUAAGAGCAACUUCUUCCAGCAUUUAGUUGAAGAUCGGACAGAAGCGGCGUCGUCGUACUACGAGUUCCUGCUCCACAUCCAGCGGCAGAUCUGCAAGUAGGCUGAAGCGCUAGUGGCAUAGAGGGGCACCCCGUGGGGCGCCACACCUUAGGGACACUAGGCUCCGACCUCGGGCCUGUCCGCCAGCCGGGAUCUGGCAUUUGGCACCUAGCGGUAGGACACUGGCGGGCACCACACGAGAGGCCUGUGCCCUCGGGAGGUUUGUGAGCUAACCGUGGCUCUGUCUCUGUGCCCAGCUGGGAGUGGCGGGCAGUCAGACAGAUCUCUCUUUGUAAUUCUAUUGCACAUCUUUUAUGUGAAAUUAUUUAUGAGCAGCUUAUUAAAAAAGACAUAUUUUGCUUCA